AGACUUAGUUCUGUGUCUUGUGGGUGUGCAGCUGGCGACCAGCCGACCAGCCGGGAGCCAGGUGAGCUGGACGGGUGUCUGGCUGUGCCCCAGCGCUGUGUGACCCCGAAGUGCUGUUCACCCUCUCUGAGCUGCUGAAUAUUGGAGGAGAACACGCAGGCUGCCAGAUCAGGCGGCGUCUGGAGAAGAUUCUGCAGCUACCAGCUCCUGCAGAGUGAGAGGGAGACUCCGGUGAUCCCUCCAGCUGUUUCAGUCAAACCCUCCAGUCCUCCGUGACCACCUGCCCAGCAAGGUGUGGGGCUUCCAUUUGCUGCUUGGAGCAGAGCCAUGAAGAAGCGGUUUGUGGCCCUAGGCCUGCUGGCCGUGGUCCUGGUGCUGGUCAUCAUCGGCCUCUGUGUGUGGCUGCCCUCGGCCUCCAAGCAACCCGACCCCGGGCCAGCUGUCGCCGCAGAUGCCAAGCGCUGCUCUGAGAUUGGCAGGGACAUGCUGCGGGAAGGUGGCUCGGCGGUGGACGCGGCCAUCGCGGCCCUGCUGUGCGUGGGCCUCAUGAAUGCCCACAGCAUGGGCAUCGGGGGCGGCCUGUUCCUCACCAUCUACGACAGCGCCACGCGAAAAGCAGAGAUCAUCAAUGCCCGCGAGGUGGCCCCGGGGCUGGCUUCCGCCAACAUGUUCAACAACUCUCAGCAGUCGCAGGAAGGCGGACUAUCGGUGGCGGUUCCCGGUGAGAUCCGAGGCUACGAGCUGGCGCACAAGCGGCAUGGGCGGCUGCCCUGGGCGCGCCUGUUCGAGCCCAGCAUCCAGCUUGCCCGGGGCGGCUUCCCUGUGGGCAAAGGCUUGGCCGGAGCCCUGGAGAGGAGCCGGGCCACCAUCGAGCGGCGGCCUGCCCUGUGCGAGGUGUUCUGCAAGAACGGGAAGGUGCUUCAAGAGGGGGAGACGCUGACUCUGCCCCGGCUGGCUGACACCUACGAGACACUGGCCCGUGAGGGCCCCCAGGCCUUCUACAACGGCAGCCUCACGGCCCAGAUCGUGAAAGACAUCCAGGCAGCUGGGGGCAUCGUGACGGCAAAGGAUCUGAGCGAGUACCGCGCCGAGCUGAUCGAGCACCCGCUCAACGUCAGCCUCGGAGACAUGGUGCUCUACGUGCCCAGCGCCCCUCUCAGCGGACCCGUGCUGGCCCUCAUCCUCAACAUCCUCAAAGGGUACAAGUUCUCCCAGGCGAGUGUGGCGACUCCAGAGCAGAAGGGCCUGACAUAUCACCGCAUUGUGGAGGCUUUCCGCUUCGCCUAUGCCAAGAGGACCCUCCUUGGGGACCCCAAGUUCAUCAAUGUGACCAAGGUGGUCCGUAACAUGAGCUCCGAGUUCUUCGCGGCCCAGCUCAGGGACCGGAUCUCUGAUGACACCACUCACCAGGCUUCCUACUACGAGCCCGAGUACUACACGCCCGACGACGGGGGCACGGCACACCUGUCCGUGGUCGCGGAAGAUGGCAGUGCCGUGUCGGCCACCAGCACCAUCAACCUCUACUUUGGCUCCAAGGUCCGCUCCCAGACCAGCGGGAUCCUGUUCAACGACGAGAUGGAUGACUUCAGCUCCCCCAACAUCACCAACCAGUUCGGGGUACCCCCCUCACCAGCCAAUUUCAUCAAACCAGGGAAGCAGCCGCUGUCGUCCAUGUGCCCGGCGAUCAUCGUGGGCCCCGACGGCCGGGUCCAGAUGGUGGUGGGAGCCUCCGGGGGCACGCAGAUCACCACGGCUACCGCGCUGGCCAUCAUCCACAGCCUGUGGUUUGGCUAUGACGUGAAGCAGGCGGUGGAGGAGCCGCGGCUGCACAAUCAGCUUCUGCCCAACACCACGACGCUGGAGCGAGACAUGGACCAGGCGGUGAUCACAGCCCUGAGGACCCGAAACCAUCAAACCCAGAUCACGUCCACCUUCAUCGCGGUGGUGCAGGCUGUUGUGCGUACCGCGGGCGGCUGGGCGGCUGCCUCGGACUCCCGGAAAGGCGGGGAGCCUGCCGGUUACUGAACUCGGGGCCAGCAAGCGUGACCAGCAGCCCAGGGACCAGAAGCACGCUGGGGCCAGGAGGGGACUUUGUGGGACAGGCUUCCCCUUGCACGUGGCACGGCAGUGCAAUAAACAGCGGCCGCUGCACCCGGCUGCAGCAGACUUGCUGGUCAGGCUCCCA